AACCCUUUCUUAACGGCCCCAAAUUCAAGCUGUUUCUCUCUCUGCUUCAUCGUUCAAAUCUCAGAUCUACAGGCAUUCGCAAUAGUGGAAGCUGAAUUCGUGGAGAGAGGGUUUAGAUUUAGAUCUGUAGCAAUGGCUUUAGUUUCUUCUGCUUCCAAGGAUUCUGGAUCUGUUUAUUGCCGUAAACAGAAAUCUCUCGGCCUCCUGUGUUCCAAUUUUUUGAGCUUGUAUAACCGUGAAGGCGUAGAAACCAUUGGGCUUGAUGAUGCAGCAAAGCAACUAGGGGUUGAAAGGAGGAGGAUCUAUGACAUUGUGAAUGUUCUUGAAAGUGUUGGUGUUCUUUCGAGGAAGGCAAAGAAUAGGUAUACAUGGAAAGGGUUUGAAGCAAUUCCUAGAGCUUUUCAAGAACUGAAGGAGGAAGGUCUAAAAGAGAGCUUUAGUGCAUAUAGUGGAGAUGUCUCUGUCCAAGUUUCAGAUGACGAAGAAGAUGACAGACACUCAAACCCUAAUGUUUCAAGUCAGAAUGAGAAAUCUGACUCCAUUUCUGCUCCUAAGCCUGCAGACAAUAGAAGGGAGAAAUCUUUGGGGCUUCUCACACAAAAUUUUAUUAAGCUCUUCCUCUGCACUAAUGUAGAUAUGCUUUGCCUUGAUGAAGCUGCAAAGAUAUUACUGGGAGAUGGAAGACCUCCAUCAAUAAAUAGAACUAAAGUUAGAAGAUUGUAUGAUAUUGCUAAUGUUUUGUCUUCAAUGAAAUUCAUUGAGAAGACUCAUCACCCUGAAACAAGAAAACCUGCAUUUAGAUGGUUAGGGUUGAAAGGAAAAUCAGAAAACCAAGCAGCAAAUGCAUCAGAGGACAAUCUGGGUUGCAACCAGUCCAGGAAGAGGGUAUUUGGAACUGAGCUCACAAAUACAACUACAAAGAGAUGCAAAUUGGAUAAAUCAAAGGAUGCUUUUGGCGAGUCAAUGAAAUCAAAACUAGCAGCACAAGUCAAAUGUGAGAAUUUGGAAAAUGAGUUUGACAGACCAAAGCAGGACCUUGGUUCAAGAACAAACAGAAAGAGUUAUCAAUUUGGCCCUUUUGCUCCUGUAACUGUGCCUAAAUUUGAAGCUUCAGAGAGUGGUGAGAGAACAAAGGUGAUUUGUGAAUUGGAAAGCUUAGCAUCAACCUAUCACCCUCAGUAUCACAACCAAGCAUUAAAGGAUCUCUUUUCUCAUUACAUGGAAGCAUGGAAGUCUUGGUAUUUGGAAAUUGCUGGGAAGAAACCAAUUCAAAUGCUAUCCUAGUGCUUACAACUUGUAACACAUCUAACACAGGAGGGAUGAUCUGGUGUUUAAUGCAAAUUGGUGAAUUACAUCAACUUGUACAGGGUUUUCUCUGUUCCUGUUUCAUCCAUUAUUUAGAUAUACUAGCUUUAUGUCUGUAAUUUAUCAUUACUCUCCUUGUCAUCACAUGAUUUCGAUUUGUGCAAUAUAAAAUUUGCAAAGCUAAUUACAA